UUUUUUUUGCUGUAAAUAUACUUCGUCUUCCAUCAAUUACUUUUGCAACGCUGCAACAUUCACUGACUUCGGAUUGAGGGUUCAAUAUGGAGUUGAAUUGAAAUUGUAAUUCAAAGUUGAAGAAAUUUGCAUUAUAUUUCAACUUCCAUCUUCACAUAUUGUCCUGAAGUUUAGUCAUGUGUGACUGUGUUCAGUCAGCUGCUAUUAUAGCUAACCGAUUUAGCGGCAUUCGAUUUCGAAUAUUAGGUCAAGCUCAAUGUGGUUGGAAUCGCAAGCCAGUGUUUUUGGCACCAGAAAUAUUAACUGGGUACAAAGAUUGUUCUGUUAUUAAUAAACUGUCAAACAGAAAAUGCAGGAGACAUGAGAAGGUUAUUAUGGAUAGAAGAGUUGUGACAAAUUUGGGUGUGUUUGGUUUAAAUGCAUUUGAUUCUGGUUCUGACUUGAGGCUGAAAGAGGGAGGGGAUGAGGAUUUUGAAUUGGGUUUGCGAAAUGGUGAAGAAAAGCUUAAAGACUUAGGUUUGAUCGGUGAAAAUGAAGCUUCUGAUGAUAUGAGGAAUUAUGAUAGCUUGAACAGUGAGAAAAAUCAGAAUGGUGAGCUUGGGCAGUUGAAUUUCGACGAACUUUUACAGGAGGAAGGUGAAGGGAGAGUUUCUAAAGCUGCAGAUUUAAUGUCUAUUAAAGGUGAUGGGAAGAAUGAGGAUUCGGAGUUGGGUUUUGACCAAUUUGAGGAGCUUCAACAGUCCAACUCAAAGCCAAAACACAAGCUAGAGAGGAAGGUGGAAUCUAGGAGUAGAAAGCAGUUGGCAAAGAGAUCAAGCAUUCUUGCAAAGCAAGUGAUAGGGAUUGAAUCCGCUUGCAGUUUGGGAUUUGUUUCACAGCUGUGGGUUGACACUGCAACUUGGGCAGUAAUGGAGGUUGAAGUCAGGCCAAACUUGCUUUCUUCAGAAUCAGUAAAAUUUCUUCUUGAAGAUAUUAAAAAGGUUGGUGAUGUGGUGCUUGUACAGGAGGAAAACUAUAUACAAAAUGAAUUUAGUACAGUUGGACUGGAAACCUUGGUAGGGUACAGUGUUGUAACACCUAGACAAAGAAAUUUGGGAAAGGUUCGUGGCUACACUUUCAACAUCAACUCUGGUACUGUGGAGUCUCUUGAGCUCGAUGCAUUCGGGUAUUCAGUUAUUCCUUCAAGUCUGGUAAGUACUUAUGCCUUGUUCAGUGAUGAUGUACUUGAGGUAGUCUCAGAUCUCAUCAUAGUGCAUGAAGCAGCAGUCUCACGCAUCCAAAGGUUGACCAAGGGAUUGUUAGGCACGAAGAUCGCUGAGACAUCAAGCAUUAAUCUCAAAAACCGCGACAUGGAAUUAGAUUCUACACAAUCUGUUAAAGAUCGUAAGCCAAGAAGGAAACCAAGUAAGCGAAAAUUCUAUCCAGGAACUAGGGAUCUGGACAAUGACUUUGAUCUCCCUAUGGAUUACAUGUAGUAAAUACUACAGUAAAUGUUAAUUUUUUUAAAAAAAAAAAAAUAUAUACUCCUCCUACCCUCCCUUUGUAAUUAAUUUCAUAUACUCCAUAAGUUUGUAAAAUUUCGUUCUCACUACCUAAUUUAUUUGAACAAAAUUAUGUAUUCAAUAGUGAAAUAAAAUCAAUUUAAUUUCUUUUCUUUGAAGUAUUUGGUCUACAAAUAAGAUUGUAAUUCAAUUUUUUUGGUUUUUUACACAACUUUGAAACUCAUGCAUGAAAGCUGAAAACUUUGCAGUUUAUGAGGUUCAAUUAUACAAUGAUACAUAGACUCUUGAUGUUGAUUUUAAUUUGGGAAAAAAUAAAUAAAUAAUGGCCUAUGCAGGUCUCGAACCUGCGACCUUCGCGUUAUUAGCACGACGCUCUAACCAGCUGAGCUAAUAGGCCUUGAUGUUGAGACACUCUAGUGCAACAUAAAACACUAAAUCAAUAAUAUCACAAAUUCUUCAGAUUCUCUCAUUUCUAAAAACUGUACAGUACAAAAUUCUGAUACUCCUUAAUAAUGUGUUUUUUGUCGUAACAUUGGGACACUAAUUAUCGUUUCACGGAAAAGACAUACAUUUGCACCUAAUCCCCUAAUAGCCGUUACCCGCCCCUCUCAAUUCAAAUUCAAAUUAGCAAUCAUACUUUAUUUUUAUACAUUAAAAUAAUCAUAUAUAAAUUGUCUAUCAAAAUUUUCAUAAUCACCACCUUCAUUUCUUUGACUAUCAUCUCCUCACUCCCUACACACAUCCUUUCUCUCCUGUCUUCCAUUCUCGAUGCUCGCCGCCGAGCAACCCUCCGCAUCUCCCCACUUCCGCCACCCAAAACCCGGUGGCCGAAAACCUUUACAACCCAAAAACAGCAUUGUCAUCAACAACAAUCACUAUGAUCCUUCUCCAAAACAAAAAUCAAACCCACCAAAAACAAAUCAACUUUUCAUCCCAACAUUAUCACCCAUUAUCAUCGUCAAUGAUUCUAAUAAGGAGAACUGGGAUCCGACCAUCCCUCUCAUUGAAUCCAUGGAUGCUUCCUUAGCCGAUGAGCUGACCGCGGUCAAGCAGAAGCUAGAACGACUCAAGUUUGAAAAAGAUAAGAUUGAUAAAAUGCUUCAAGAGCGAGACCGUAUUCUUGAGAUUCAAAUGACUGAGCUUAAUCACCGUGGAGAGUUUCAGAAGGAGCUCGAAAUCGAAGUCGAUCGACUUUAUCGAUUGAAGCAUCUCAAGCUCGCUUGCACACAGAGGAUGUCUCCAAUUCGGUCAUUGAGGGAAAAAGAAAUGGAGAAGAAGAACAAGGAUUCACAACCUGAGCUCACUAUUAGUGAAUCGUCUGAGAAAUCAGGGGAAAAUAAGGAGGAAAUGGUGGAUGAAAACAGCACUUCAGAGAGUCCAGCCCCGAGUUUUUCGAGUUCGAAAUCAUCCACAUCAAUUACUUCCACAUCCAAUUCCAAUUCCAAUUCCAAGUCGACAGCGAGUUCAAAAUUGUUGCCAAUUCGGUUAAGGUUGGGGUUGGGAUUGGAAAGUGCAUUGGAUGAUGAUAAGUAACAAUGUAUAAAGAGAUGGAGGAAAACACAUACAAGUAGUAUAUUUUCAACCAUGGUUGAUUGAUUGAUUGAUAUAAGAUAAUGUUCCAAUUGCUAAUUAAUUUUCAGGCAAACGUAUGUAAUGUCUUGUUAUAUAUGCUGCAAUUUAUGGUGAUAUCAAUUUGCUCUUUAAGAUUAUGUUUGAUUUGUUAUGUGUAGUUGUUCGUGUACACAGGCAACUUGUUUUCCUGUUAUUUAUGCUAUCAUUCUUAAUAGCCUUUAGGCAGAAGACUACGUACUAGUGGUAGUACUCGAACUUGUGACCUCCUAGCCAUAACCGAACAUAGGUGAUUAACAUCUAGACCAAGGCACCAAGCAAUCAAGCAUGCAUGUUCCUGUAGCAACAAGCCAACAAGUACCUCAGCUAAUAAAAGGGUGGGUCAGUGGAUGUAGUGGGGAAGUCACAGUAGUGCAUUUAGUGUCUGGCUGAUACCUCGUUAAUAAAUAAAAAAUUAUUCCCUAUAA